GUAUGGUGAGGGAGCAUAAAAUUAAAAUCACUAUACUCUCUUUCUCUUUCUCUUUCUCUCUCCUCUCUCUGUGGUUAUGAGCAGUGGAAGGAGUUGUUUAUAAUUUGAAAACUUGAAGGCAGGCCACAAAGUAGUAGGGUGUUCUUCUUUGUAGUUCUUCUGUUUUGUAUGGACAUGAAGGGAUAUUCAGUUUCCUGGACAAAACAUAAGAAAGAGCCAUAUUUUUCAGCUCGUCACACAAGAAGACAAGAACAAUGCAUACAAGCAAAUGAUGAUACCCCAGAAGAAACAAGUUUACUAAAUCAUUCCCUCAAAUUGGCUCUUUCCACUUCCCAAAAUACUCUACUGCCUACGCUACCUGCCUUUGUUGCUUUCCUCCUACUUGUUACUUCAAUUGGCACAGCAUUUUCUCACCCCAUUGCCUCCAAUUCACCAUUGCCAUCAUCACCCUCUCACCCCACUGUUAACAACACUUUCAGACCACCUCCGCUGUUGAAAAAGUUGAGGAGAAUCAGAGCUCACCUCAACAAGAUUAACAAGCCUCCUGUUAAAACAAUUCAGAGUCCAGAUGGGGAUUUCAUAGAUUGUGUUUUGUCUCAUCAGCAACCUGCUUUUGACCACCCUCUGCUCAGAGGGCAAAGACCAUUGGAUCCACCGGAAAGGCCAAAGGGCCACCCCAAUGGGGAAAAAGUCAUAGAGAGCUUUCAGCUUUGGACCGAUUCUGGUGAAAUAUGCCCUGAAGGAACUGUUCCGAUCAGAAGAACAACUGAACAAGAUUUUCUACGAGCAAGCUCCAUCAGAAGAUUUGGAAGAAAAGUACGGAGGGACUCAACUGGCACUGGUCAUGAGCAUGCAGUUGUUUCUGUAAACGGAGAUCAAUACUACGGAGCAAAAGCAAGCAUAAAUGUAUGGACACCCAGCGUAACCGAUCCAUACGAAUUCAGUUUGUCACAGAUAUGGGUUAUUGCUGGAUCUUUUGGCAAUGAUCUGAAUACCAUAGAAGCUGGAUGGCAGGUAAGUCCUGAGCUAUACGGAGACAACUAUCCUAGGUUCUUCACUUAUUGGACAACGGAUGCAUAUCAAGCAACUGGAUGCUACAAUUUACUAUGUUCAGGAUUUGUCCAAACUAACAACAGGAUAGCAAUAGGGGCUGCAAUCUCCCCAAGAUCCAUCUACAAUGCCAGACAAUUUGAUAUUGGCUUAAUGGUUUGGAAGGACCCAAAGCAUGGACAUUGGUGGCUGGAAUUUGGGUCGGGGCUACUUGUUGGGUACUGGCCAGCAUACUUGUUCAGUCACUUGAGAAACCAUGCUAGCAUGGUACAAUUUGGAGGAGAAAUAGUGAAUUCUCGUUCAAGGGGCUACCACACUGGCACUCAAAUGGGUAGUGGCCAUUUUGCAGAAGAAGGGUUUAGAAAAGCAGCCUAUUUUAGAAAUUUGCAAGUUGUGGAUUGGGACAAUAACUUGCUUCCUCUUUCAAAUAUUCACCAAUUGGCUGACCAUUCUAAUUGCUAUGACAUUAGGGUUGGAUCAAACAAUGUUUGGGGAACUUACUUUUAUUAUGGAGGUCCUGGAAGGAACGUGAGAUGUCCAUGAAGAUUAUAUAUAUAUAUUUAUAUAUAGUUCCUAUUACACAGGCUUCUCUGCUCUAAAUAUAUGAUAUUCUUUUUUUUUAUCCCACUUUUUCCCUUUCUUUUGGGGAUUUUUGGUUUCAUUAUAAGCUUCACAUGGUUUGGCUAUAUUUGUUAAUUUUGGUUUUGGGUUAACAGGUUAGAGACAGUUUGUUCCGUUGUUAGAGAUUAUGUAAAUCCACCAAAAAUAUGUUGUCAGUUUAUAACAUUAAAUUCACGAGUUCUGCAUUCUUCAA